AUGGCAACUAGAAAUGAUGGAAAAAGAAGCUAUGGAUCAGCAGACAUUAAAGGAACAAAAUGUUUGUAUUAUUCUAAAUUAAAAAGUAACAAUAGUUUUAAUAAACUUUCAAUCAAGCAAAAGAAAUAUUUAUACCGAAGUUUGAAGAAUUCGGCAACUUAAAGCGUUGUCCUGACAUCGAAGCCCGUAAAUUAGAUAUAAACGACCCUGACUAUGUGAAAAAAAUUAAAAAUGUUAAAAAACAAUAUAAAAAUUUGGU